UCGCCCGUGUUCCAUUUUUCCAUUGUGUUUUCAGGGAGCGAGAGUUAAACAGAAACACUGCAAUUGCAAAAAUUGGGCUUUUUCGACAUAGCAGAAUAUCAACCAAUUCCAUGACUCCAUGAUGUGGUUGUAUGUUUGUCCUCACGCUAAACUGGGAACUGUAGAUCUUAAUCAUAGGUGACCAUGCAUGUCGUGAAAACUGUCCUUGUUAAGGCUGGUUUAUUUGCAUCAGGAUCUGCCAAAGCAUAUUUUACAUUGUGUGUGUGUGUGUACCAGAUCAGCCCCUUUUAGAUUAUGCUAAUCCUCCACUUCCUCCUGUGUGUGUCAUGUUCAACCCUAGCCAGCUCUUUGGAAAGUGAAUUAUUUCCAUAUCUAUUUCUGAACUGCAUAUGGAUCAGAUUAUUUCCAAAUCCUUCCAACUAAUCCUUGGUGAUUCACUUGAUGCCUAAUGUGUUUUAUCAGUCAAUCCUGCUUCAAUGGUUGAGCUGUCCCUGGAGCGCUCCAAACUGUCUGCUAUUUCCUAACCAUGCAGUCGCCCUCGCUGUGAUGAUUGCAUAAACAGACCUUUUUUCGUUCUUUUUUUUAUUGAAGGCUUCACUGUAACAGUACAGUGUAGCAUCAUGAUGAAGAGUUUCCUGCUGGCAGCCUGGAUUCUAUCAGCCUUGUUCAGUUUUUCCUCGUGCCAGGAACGUCAGUACCACUUUAUCAAACAGUCCCUGAAUUGGGAUGAGGCUCAGACAUACUGCAGAAAGCACCACACGGACCUGGCUACCAUCGGAAACUCUAAAGACAUGAAGCAAUUCCUCGACAUCGAUUCGUUUACUGAUGGCAACGUCUGGAUCGGUCUGCACAGCAACAUCAACUGGACGUGGUCUGGAGUACUGAACAGUGUCGGGUCCCAGUACAGAAACUGGGAGAGUUCCGAUGACGAUCCCGACUUUAUUUCAGCCAAUCAGUUCUGUGUGUGCAUCGGAGACAAUGGAGGAUGGUGGGACUACAACUGUGCGAAAGAAUUCCCAUUUAUUUGUUAUAACGCAAAGACGACUGAAUUUGUGGCUGUGAAUGAAGAAAUGAAUUGGUCCAAUGCUCGGACGUACUGUCGGCAGAAAUUCACAGACCUAGCCACAAUUGGGAACAUCACAGAGAACCAACGGGUUCAAACCCUGGUACCGACUGGAUACUGGGCAUGGACUGGUCUAUAUAGAGACGAAAACAUUUACUGGUCUGAUCAGAGUAGCUUUGGGUUCAGCAACUGGGAUAACAAAUCGAAUCUUAUUGGUUCUGAAACACGGAUGUGCGGAGCUACGUCUAAGGCAAGAUCUGCAAAAUGGAAGUUUUUACCCUGUCAAGAACGAAUGCCAUUUGUGUGCUACUCGUUCAAAGUGAUGAGGAGAAUAGUGAAGAUAAAACUGACAAAAACAGAUGUUUUGGAUCUGAGUGACCCCGAACAGAAAGUCCAACUCCUGAGGAAGCUCCAGGAAAAAUUAGGUGAAAGUGCAUCGUUGACGUUCGUUGAGAAGCCAAAGGACAAGAAAAAGACUGAAUUGUAG